CCUGUCGCCGCGCGGCCCUGUUCUGCCGCCCGUUGCGGCGCGGCCGUGACCCGCCGCUCGUCGCGGCCUCCAGCGCCCGUCUUCCGUCGCGCCCUUCCUCGCCGCCAGUCGCGGCCUCCUCCGGCGCUCGUCGCGCCCUACCUCGCCGCCCGUCGCGGCCUACCUUGCCGCCCGUCGCGGCCUCCACCGUCCGUCGUCACAGGAAGUCCUGCCGAGCCUCUGUACUGCUGCAGUUCUGCUCGGCUGUUGGUUCUCAGUUCUGCUGCGUGUUGGUUCUCAGUUCUGCUGCCUGUUGCUGAUUCUCCGUCACGAUUCUUGUGGUAACAGUUUCCUUCAUUCAAGUGUUGUUGUUCAGUCAUGUCUCAGAUCAAUGCCAUUGUUAUCAAUAUUACUCUAGAUGGUCAGAAUUAUCCAGAGUGGGCUUUUUCAGUUGAGACUGCUCUACGCAGUUAUGGUCUUCAUUUUCACUUGACUGAUGAUCCACCUGCACUGAAAUCUGAUAAGAGCAAUGAAGAUGCAGUCCACCAAUGGACAGUUAAUGAUGGUAAAGUGAUGGCUGCCAUGGUGAACAGUGUGAAGCCUUCUCUGAUUAUGAGCCUUCGCAAGUUCAUGCAAGCCAAGCCUAUGUGGAAAUUUUUGGAGACACGCUUUGUUCAGGAAAGUGGUGCUCUCCAACACACUCUUAUGCAGCAAAUACAUGUUAUUGAACAGAAAGACAUGUCUAUUGAAGAUUACUAUAAUUCUUAUGAUCGUUUGAUGGCUUCUUUGCUCUCCAUGGUGCCUCAGUGUACUGCUGAUGAUGGCUGUUCUGCACUUUCUUUUAUUGAGAGGUUUCUCACAUACAGAUUUGUCAUGGGAGUCAGAGAUGAAUUUGAUUCCCUUCGUACCCGGUUUCUUCACAGUGCCUCUGAUCUCACCAUGGCAAAGGCAUUAUCUGAGUUGCUUGCAGAGGAGACACGUCUUCGAUCCUUGUCUUCUUCAUCAGUGUCUCAUCCUCACAGUGUGUUGGCUGCCUCUCACAGGUUCAGUGCACCAAAAGCUACAUCGUCAGACCCUUUUAAGCAUUGUGGCAAGUUUACUCAUAUCUCAGAUAAUUGCUUUUCCAAGCAUCCAGAGAAGUUGGCUGAGUAUCGUGCUCGUCGUGCCGCACGUGGUUCUGGUACUGGUCCCAGUUCUAAGGGAUCCGUUUCUGUGGCUGCUGCUUCACCGGCCCAUUGCACCAUCCUCGUCAUGGGUGCUUGAUUCAGGGGCUUCAUUUCAUGUCACUUCGGAUAAGUCUCCGUUGGCCUCCUCCACACCAGUCAUUGAUGGCACUUCUGUUCAGACAGCUGAUGGUACAUCUUGUCCUAUUACUCAUCAGGGUUCACUCUGAUCAUCGGAGCGGGAGUGUGAUUGGGACUGGCCAUCGCCGUAGAAGUGCUCCAAGCCUCAACAUUCUGGACACCUUGCAUCUUCCUUCUUCCGCUGCUUCUGUUGCUUCUAUUGCUGCUUCGACCUCCGCCUCCUUCGCCCAGUGGCAUCAUCGUCUUGGUCAUUUGUGUGGGUCUAGAUUGUCUACCCUAAUAAAAAUAGGUUGCCUAGGUCAUACAUCUGUCGAGUCUAACUUUCAUUGUAAAGGUUGCAAGCUUGGAAAGCAAAUACAGCUUCCAUAUCCUUCUAGUAUUUCUCAUUCAGCUAGACCUUUUGAUCUUGUUCACUCAGAUGUAUGGGGUCCUGCUCCCUUUGCUACAAAGGGGGGUCAUAAAUAUUAUGUCAUUUUUAUUGAUGAUCAUUCUCGUUAUACUUGGAUAUAUUUUAUGAAACACCGUUCUGAGCUA